AUGUCCGAAACGUUGCGAGAUAAUGCUGGAAUGUUGAAGCACGAAAAUCUGUCGGAAGAUUCUUCUGAUGCUACUCCCACCAUUUGCGCCAAGCUCAUCGACCAGGCUGACGCAUCAACCCAAAUCCAAACAGAAACCUCCGAAUCGUCCACAAACACGGUAUCAGCAGACGAAAAUUUCGUAAUGGAGUCGGCAAAAGAACCUACCAAAGUGCAGGAGAGUGCGCAAAAUAGACUGUACAUCAAGCGUGGUCACGUCGUGAACCAUGAUGGAAUGCAACAGGCGGAUGUGUACAUCGAGGAUGGGACUGUUCGGUAUGUUGGUUCUGGUGCGGACUUUGUUGUUCCUGGGGGCUGUCGCACGAUCGAUGCUACUGGUAAGCUGGUUAUGCCCGGUGGUAUCGACCCGCACACACAUUUCCAGCUAGAAUUCGGUGGCACUGUCGCGGUAGAUGAUUUUUAUAAGGGUACCAAGGCCGCAGUUGCCGGUGGAACCACAACCAUCAUGGACUUUGUGCUUCCGAAGAAGGGCGAAUCGCUACUCGAGGCGUACGAUACUUGGCGGGCUCGGGCGGAUCCAAAGGUGGUGUGCGACUAUGGUUUGCACGUUGGAAUCACUUGGUGGUCCAAGUCGGUUCGGGAUGAGAUGAAAAUCCUUUGUCAGGAGCGUGGCGUUAACUCGUUCAAGUGCUUCAUGGCAUACAAGGGUCUAUAUCAGCUGAACGAUUCCGAACUGUACGAAGUGUUUGAAACCUGCAAGGAACUCGGAGCAGUUGCGAUGGUCCAUGCGGAGAAUGGCGACAUUAUAGCGAAGAAUGUAACCAAACUGUUGUCGGAAGGAGUGACCGGACCGGAGGGCCAUGAACUGUCCCGCACAGAGGAAGUGGAAGCAGAGGCCACCAAUCGCGCUUGCGUUAUUGCGCAUCAGGCUCACUGUCCGCUGUAUGUUGUGCAUGUAAUGAGCAAAUCGGCUGGUAUUGAGGUAGCUCGCGCUCGUCGCCGCUACAAUGGAACUGGCAUCUUCGGUGAAACACUGGCGGCUGCACUUGGCACUGAUGGUACACACUAUCACGAUAAAUGCUGGCAUCAUGCGGCCGCCCACGUACUCAGCCCACCGUUGAGACCCGAUCCUACCACGCCGGAAUUUAUGAUGAAACUGUUAGCCCAGGACGAUCUGCAAACGACCGGCAGUGACAAUUGUACAUUCAAUCGCAACCAAAAAGAGUUGGGACUGAAAGAUUUCUCCAAAAUCCCGAACGGUGUCAACGGUGUCGAGGAUCGGAUGUCUGUGGUAUGGGAAAAAGGCGUCCAGUCGGGGCUGAUCGACCCUCAACGUUUCGUGGCAAUCACCAGCACGAAUGCGGCCAAAAUUUUCAACCUCUAUCCCAGAAAGGGUCGCAUUGCUCCUGGAUCCGAUGCCGAUUUAAUCAUCUGGGAUUCAAAAGCAGUGCGUACAAUUUCCGCCUCCACGCAUCAUCAGGCUUGCGACUUCAAUAUUUUCGAAGGCAUGAAAUGCCACGGCGUACCAGAGUUUGUCAUUGUGCGAGGACGUGUGUGCGUCGAAUAUGACCUAAUUCGCGUUGCAGAGGGUCAAGGUUCGUUCCUAGAAACACCCGUCUAUCCUUCUUUCGUGUACGAUGCAUUGAACGGUGUUUCCCGUAUGGAAGACGAAUCUGACGAAAAGCACACCCGCAACGGGAUCCAGAAUCUGGACCUUAACUCCAAGUUGGGCCAUGAUGUAGAUAUCCCCGAUACAUACGCCCUACCCGAGAAGUACAUUCCAGGUCCGGCAUUGAGUGUUAUCUCCGGCGAUUCACAACUCAGCACUCCCCAUAGUGCCCGUGGCCAUCGUCCCGAUGGGUUAAAGAAUAUGCAGGAAUCCACCUUCUCUAUCAGUGAGGAACUCGACAAGUCGGAAUCACGCUCAUGCAUUCGCGUACGAGCUCCCCCUGGUGGAAAGUCGUCCGGAUUCUGGUAA